GAUCUAUUGAUGGAUUUUGAAAAGGUUGCUACUGCUCAGGUGUUUGUUCCUUUGGAAUGUGAUAUGGGACAUGCAUUUUUUAAAAUUAUUACUUUGUGGAAAGAGCAAUGUCAUACUGUUAAUAGACGCUUAUCUGGCACUAUACUUGUGCCAGAGUAUGAUCGAAGGCGUGAUGAAGUGCUAUUAAUUGCAGACAUUUCUUUACAAGAUAUUGAAGUUUACAAAUUUUUACCAAAAUCACCUGCUAUUUUUUCAUCUUGUGCAUAUGAAAUUUCUUUUUGGCUAGAUUUCUUUUCUGUUAGCACUCCUAAAAGUUUAGAUUCGAAAACCAUAGAAUUUCGAUCUGUAGUACUGGAUGGCAAACAACACCCUCACGUUCCUAUUCCUUAUCGUUUUGCUUUGGAAAUUAUGGAUAAGGAGUGGUAUAUGAGCCUAUACAUCAUGAAAACCAGAAAUUGUCAAUGGUUGCGUGACAUUGCUUUUCCACGCCUCAUAAAGUGGUUCAGUGUAGUUAAUAAGCAAUGCAGUGUAACUUCACACAACUUGAUCAGUGUUGAAGAUUACUCUCGAAUAUAUCAGGAUAUCAAAAAAAAAUGGGGGCAGCAAAUUGCCGCAGAAUGGACUGAAAAAACAAGCCCACAGAAAUUUGUUUAUGAGGAUUGCGCUAUUGCAGCUUAUCUUAUCGCUUACUGGCAACCUUUUGCACCUCGAAAAUUUUGUGAUGUUGGUUGUGGUAAUGGUCUACUUGUACAUUUGUUGCGGAAAAUGAAAUGCAAUGGUUAUGGAAUCGACUUAAGAAAACGGAGAGUGUGGACAAGAUUUGUAGACACUGAUCUGCGAGAAAAAACGCUAAAUCCUGAAAAAGAUGUCAUAAAUGAUGCUGAUUUUCUCAUUGGCAAUCAUACAGAUGAAUUGACUCCUUGGAUACCUAUUCUAGCAGCCAGAUCCAAAAGUGAUUUUUUCUUACUGCCAUGCUGUCCUUUCGAUUUUUACCAUCGGUUUCAAAAGAAACGAAGAACUGGUGCUCCAAGUUUAUAUGCUUCAUAUCUUUUAUUCAUUCGUAAUAUCUGUUUGAGACUAGGUUACUGUGUUCGAGAGGAUCGGUUGAAAAUUCCUUCAACCAAGCGUUAUUGCUUCCUUUGUACAGUACCUGUAGAUGGUUUAGUAAAAAAUGUGGAUGAUGUCAUUAAUGAACUGUUGACAUCAAGUUUAUCUGAAUUUGUGCCACGAGAAAAAUUUGAAAAAGUGAGCUGUGUUCGUUUCGUUGUGAAAAACUGUUCGCAACUUCCUUGGAAUUUUCGUCAAAUGCUCAUAAGUAAAAUAGUCAACUACCUUCUGGAAUCAUCACCGAUGAAAUCUACAGAGCUUUGGCGCAAGGGACAACCACAUCCAAUAAAACAGAUUGCUGUUAUACUUGAUGAAGAAGAAAGAACGAACCUGCGAGAUUCACAUGGUGGUAUACAAACAUUUCUCAAAAACCAGCAUCAAAUUUUUCAGGUAGUUAAAGGCACUGUUUCAAUUCGUAAUUGGUUGGAAGAAGGAAGAAAGAAAGUUCCUGGCAAAGAGAAGACAAGUGAUUGCUGGUUUCAUAAAUAUUACCCAUAUGGUUGCCCUUUACAAGCUGAAAAUUGUUCUUACAAACAUUGA